CCAAACGCUGGGACAAUGGUGUCUACGGCAGCUGAUCAACGCCAUAGCAUGGCUUUACCUACACUCCCAUCUAAUUGGCACAGCCGUAGCAGGGUUCUUGAGCAGCAGAUAGUGCGGCAGAGAGAGCAAGAAGCCAGAUUACGUCAUCAGUGGGAUCAAACCAACCAAUAUUUUAAACAGUCCAAUGUCUGCAGCAGCAAACAAGCACAGUGGAGUUCUCGUCAGUCUUAUCAAAAAAGUAUGAAUGCAUUUCACCAGGAGAAACAGAAGGAGGAGAAGAAAAAAACUUUAGAGUAUCGUCGAGAACAGCUACGGAAACUGUUACAAGAGGAGCGAGAUUUGCUAGAAGAAGAGCUGAAGGAGCUUCGUUGUAAUAAAGAGCACAAUGUUUCCGAUAUGAGGCAAAGGACAGAGGAGCUUAAGUCUGCAAGAGAAGAGCGACAGAAACAGCUUGCAGAGGAAUUGUUAUAUGAGCAGUGGAAAAAGAACAAUGUGAAGCUGCGAGAAGUUGAAUCCAGUCUGUUUAAAAAGCAUGUGGUUGAUGCUUGGGGAGAGCAGAUCACAGCCAGAAACCAGGAAAAAGAAGAGGAAGACAUGGAGAAAAAGAGAUUAGAAAAUGAAUAUGAACUUGCCAGAAGGGAAGCUAUAGAGAGGAUGAAAAGGGAUAAAGAAAAACGACAACAGCAGGAGGAGGAGCUUGCCCGAGUUUUGAAAUGGCAAAUGGAAGAGCUGAAGCUGAAGGAUUUAGAGGCAAAAAAGCUCAAAAAAGAACAAGAGGAUUUAUUGAGGCAGCAGUGGGAAAUUGAAGAACUUGAGGAGGAAAGGAGGAAAAUGGAGCAGUGCAGAAAAAAAACAGAAUUAAGUCACUUCCUGAGCCGACAGUAUAAUGCUCAGAUGAAAAGGCGAGCUCAGCAGGUGCAAGAAGAGUUGGAGAUGGACAAGAAGAUCCUAUCUGCUCUUAUAAGCAAAGAGGAUGAAGAUCAGCACCUGCAAUCAGCCAGAAGGGAACAAGCCAUUGCAGAUGUUGCUUGGAUGAAACAUGUCAUUGAGGAACAGCUUCAUCUUGAGAGACAGCGGGAAGCAGAACUUGACACACUUUUCAGGGAAGAAGCUAAACAAGUAUGGGCAAAAAGAGAAACCGAAUGGGAGAGAGAGAGGAAUGCACGGAAUCGGUUAAUGAAAGAGGUGUUGGCAGGAAGACAGAUGCAGAUCCAGGAGCGCAUAGAAAGGAACCAGCUUGCUCAGGCUGAAUCUGUAAUGAAUCGUGAGCGGCUCCUCAGACAGCUAGAAGAAGCCAGGCAAUUUACAAGCCGAGAGAAGAAGCAAGAGGAGGAACAGAAAACAGCCCGCAGGACAGAACUAGAAGCACAGAUUGCUGAGCAGCUCUUAAAGGGAAAGGAAGCCAUUGUACAGCAGGAGGAGGAGGAGAAAGAGUUUAAACUUGCAGAGGAUUUGGAGAAUGACUUACUGCAACAGGAGGCAGAGAUUAUGACCCAGCGAGGAUACCAGAAGAAGACUUACAGUCGCCCCAGAACUGCUUGGUCUUGAGAAGGACAAUGAAAGUGCCGGCUGUUGCCCUCACAUAAACUACAAUCCCUACGCUGAGGCUGCCAGCUGUCUCCAUUUUCAUUUAUUUAUUACUAUGGAAAUAUGCUUGUGUGUCGUAGAGAGAGAGAGAGGAUACAGACUAUUCAUUCCCACCGGGGAGCCUUGUAUACAUGAACUUAUUCUUAGUUUAAACACAACAUGUUUCAGACCAACCUGCUCCUUUCUAGCAGAUCCAGAUAAACCAUUAUUAGCUUAAACAGAAGUCUAUGUCAAUCUGAAGAUACUGUCUGUUUACUCUACUUAUACAGUGUGUGCAAUGGGACUCACACUUCAGCCCCGAUGUUCUGCUUCUUCAAUAAAAUAUUAUUCACAUUUGUA